AUGGGAAUUAAGGGGUUGAUGAAGCUGCUGCAGGAGGAGGCUCCGUCCUGCAUCAAGGAGGUGGAGAAGAUGUCGGCGCUGGCGGGCCACGCCGUGGCCAUCGACGCCAGUAUGGCGCUGUACCAGUUCCUCAUCGCCAUCCGAUCGGCGGACGGCGGCGGUCCCUCCCAGGCCCUGACCAACGCCGACGGAGAGGUGACGUCGCACCUGCAGGGCAUGUUCAGCCGCACCAUCCGCAUGAUGGAAAACGGCCUCAAGCCCGUGUACGUGUUCGACGGCAAGCCGCCCGUCAUGAAGAGUGGCGAGCUGGCCAAGCGCAGCGACCGCCGCCAGGAGGCCCAGAAGGCGCUCGAGGAGGCCACGGAGAAGGGCAACGCCGAGGACAUCGACCGCUUCAACAAGCGCCUGGUGCGCGCCACACCGCAGCACAACGAGGACUGCAAGGAGCUGCUGAGGCUCAUGGGCGUGCCCCACAUCACGGCUCCGUGCGAGGCUGAGGCUUCGUGCGCGGAGCUCGCCAAGGGCGGACGUGUCUACGCCGCUGGCACGGAAGAUAUGGACGCCCUGACGUUCGGAGUGCCCGUGUUGUACCGUCGUUUGACGGUGUCGCCCGCCAAGAAGAUCCCUAUUCUGGAGAUUCGGCUGGAGCGCGCCCUGCAGGAGCUGGAGCUCACGCAGGAGCAGUUCGUGGACUUGUGCAUCCUCUGCGGCUGCGACUACUGCGACUCGAUCCGCGGCGUGGGGCCGAAGAAGGCCUUUGCCGGUAUCAAGGAGCACAAGAACAUUGAGAACUUCCUGGAGGCCCUGCAGAAGAACAAGAGCAAGGGUGUCGUCAUUCCUGACGAGUGGCUCGGGGAGAACCCCAUCUACAAGAGCGCGCGCGAGAUGUUCAUCAAGCCCGAGGUUGUCAAUGCGAAGGAGGCGGAACUCAAGUGGCGCGACCCGCAGGAGACGGAGCUGCUGGACUUCCUGUGCAAGAAGCACGGCUUCCAGGAGGACCGCGUGCUCUCGGCCAUCACGAGGCUGAAAAAGUCCAAGAGCACGCAGUCCCAGAAGCGACUCGACAGCUUCUUCACGGUGCUGCCGAGCGCUGGAGGUAGUGCUAAGAAGCGCAAGGCGCCCGUAGCUAAGGGCGGCAAGAAGGCCGCCACGACGAAGAAGGGCAAGAAAUAA